GCCUUUGCAUACUUACUUUGGCAUCAUCCACACAAAGCAAUCAACCCAACAUUACUACUACCUACUACCCAUCAACAAGUACAUUACACGACACACAAGCAAAUCUCCGUCGUACCAAACAACAACCAACAACAAUGACGGCAACUACAAGCAUCGCUGCUGUUUGCACAAACCAACACGACCACACCAUUGGCCACUGCCGCGCCCAGCGCCAUACCCUCUACUCGCAACCCGAGAUGCAACAUGCCGUCGCAGCAACAGCAUUGCCCCUACCAUCGCAAAGCACAGGCGACGAGUGGAACGAAAGCCAAGAGGAGCUUGCGCGCUGGGGCAUCGGCACUAACACCACCACCGAGCAGCCCGCUGCAAAGCUGGCGUCAAGCAAUGCCUCGUCAUCCUCGACGCUGAGCAGUAGCGCCGUGCGUGGAGGCAGCGCAUUGAAAUUCGAGGACGUGACCAAGUUUUGGCAGUGAAGAGAAAUGCCUUUUAUACAUGUUUCUUCCUUCUUGCAGCAUAUUCUAGGGAUAUAGGGAUAUACGAUAUACAUGCAUUGACUGGGAAUCUCAUCAAGCGUAGAUCUACAUAUACAGUAAAUAUACGGUACAUAGAAGGAAUAUCAUUCAACUGAUUUGUACACAUGUAUUUAUUGCAUUCUACAAAUUCGCGGUUCACAUACACAUGCAUAGAGUUCAUCUAUAAGGUUUUCAGGUAGCAAGAGUGGGGUGCUGAUCCCACUUCCGCUAUCGCAACAUCCAAGACCAUCUGUAGGAAGCUCGAAGCAAGGGGAUCAAUGUAUUGGUAUAUAGAUCUACAAACCACC